AUGUCAGAUGUAACUGAAGCUCCGAAUUCUCCUGAUGAAGCAGGUUUGAGCUCCACUCUCAAGUAUGAAAAAAACCAAUACAACAAUGCUAAUGUAUUUCUCCCAAAUACACCGGUUACAAUCAGAAUUGUCCAUUCAUGUGAAUCUCAAAUUAAGCGAGUCGUUGUCAAGAAGGCAACUUCCUCAUGGCUCUCUCUUGCUCACCAACCAGAGUUGGUACGAGCUAAAAUUGAAACAUGGCGAAUUCGAGUGGAGUGUACACCGCAGUCUUGCCGAAUUAAAAUCAUUCCAUACUUCUUUCAUGCUGCAGAGAGCACUGCUGUCGAUAAAAAAGAAAAUCGUACAAAACUUUGUCCCUUUCCACCAACGUUUGAGUAUGCAAAUUCAAAUAACUUGUGUGACAGAAGGGCUAUGCUGGAAAGGUAUAUUCAAAGCAUUAUUGAUGUACGGGAAUACCGAGAGACAGAUAUAGUUCUCAGACUUCUUGAAGUAUCACCUUUAUCUUUUGUAAAUUGUACUGGAAGCUUGAAAUUAAAGGAAGAUUGUGUUAACAAAUUGCCAUCUUACAAUUAUUUUAAUAAAUGCUGUUGCGUAGCUGGAAUUUGUCUACAGAGACGGUGGCUUAUACUGAAAGACAGCUAUUUUGUAUAUAUGAAACAACAUGGAGAUAAAGUGAAAGCGAAAGAUAUUGAUAAAUCAGAGAAACGAAAGCUAAGACUGGCGUUUUCGAUUGAGCUCAGUGGGAAAAACCGGUCAUGGCGUUUGUGUAAUAUAUUCUUGAUGGACCAAAACUUUGCGUUUAAAACGAAAACAGUAGAGCGAUCGGGUCAGUGUCAGCUGAAGUUAUAUAAUACUCUUGGAGAGUUAGUUGUAGUAUGUCAGUCAGAAGAUCGAAUGAAUGACUGGGACACUAUCCUGUCAUCACAUAUUUACCAAGAUGGCACAAGAGAUUUCAUACAAUACAAUCGUUUUGGAUCCUUUGUCCCACCGAGAUCUGACACACAGAUUUGCAUGUUUAUAGAUGGAGCUUGUUAUAUGGAAGCUGUGGCUAAAGCAAUCGCUCAAGCGCAACACGAAGUUUUCAUUACUGACUGGUGUAUGCAUCCCACUGUAUUUCUCAGACGUCCAGUGAGCGAUAACAGGUGGCGCUUAGAUAUGCUCCUUCACGCAAAGGCGAAACAAGGUGUUAAAAUAUACAUAUUGCUUUAUAAGGAAAGUGAACUGGCUGUUAAGUUUCGAAGUUUAAAAGUAAAGCGUUGGCUUCGAUCGCUGCAUUCAAAUAUUUAUAUAUACCGUUCUCCGCGAUCAACACGCUUAUGGAGUCAUCAUGAAAAAAUGGUUGCUGUCGACCAAUCAAUAGUCUUUCUGGGUGGAAUCGAUCUGUGCUUUGGUCGAUGGGACACCAAUGACCACAGAUUACAGGAUGUUCACAAAAUUGCUAGAGUUCAGAAGGUCAAUGCAGAAUUAAGAAGAAUAAGAAGUUUACGUAAACGAUCAAGGAGUAAUGUAUACUCUCAAAGUAAACAAGCCACAGAUUUUGCCAACUUGGAAAUGCACAAUAUCGAAUCAGAUGGUGACCAGACAAGUUCAAGCGGUGAACAAACACCCAAACCACGUCAUCGUAGACUGACUAAUGUGAUUCAACGUGCAGGAGAUGCUAUGCUGUCUAUUAUGUAUCAGAUGGCAUUAGAUAAGAAAGAAAGCCUCAGAGUUUUGGAUGAUCAAAUGAGUCCUGCUUACUGCGAGUCAGAAUGGGGAAACUAUGACAAAGAUAUAAAUUUAGUCUAUGAUAAUCCGUCUUUUGAAGAAGACACCACAACAAAUAUCUUAGUACGCAAAGAAUUAGCCUCACUAGAAGAGCUUUCACAAGCCGGUCAACGAUGUACAUGGAUUGGACAGGAUUAUGUCAAUUGGAGUUUAGUUGAACCAACUGCUAAAGAACAUCCUGCAUUAGAUUUAGUGGACAGAACAUGUGUUCCACGUACGCCAUGGCAUGAUGUUGGCUGUGUGUUUGUUGGUACUGCUGCCUGUGAUAUAUCUAGACAUUUUAUUCAACGCUGGAAUCAAAUUCGAUCAAGGAAAAUAAGGUCUGCACCGAAAGGAAGUGCUAAACGGAUUAUUCAACGUCUUGUACCUGCUUUAUUACCUUCCCACCAAUGUUCUCCAUGGACUGAAACAAAACUGUCAACUGUCCUUGUGGAUCCAAGGCAAUCUGCAGUGUGUACUGUACAGGCUCUACGAAGUAUUGCUAACUGGUCAUUAGGAGUUCAGUUAGGAGAUAAAAAAGGAUUUCGUAAAUCUUUCCGUAAACUAUUUCAUCAAAAUUUACCUAGUCGAUACAAAAGUAGCAAUGAUCUUGACGAAACCAAAGAACAAAUUGGAUUAGAAAAGUCGGUUCUGAAUGCUUACAUUGAUAUGAUAAACGAAGCAGAAAACUUUAUAUAUAUUGAAAACCAGUAUUUUAUCAGUUACAUUCUAAAACCACAGGAAGAUCAACCUGGUGACGAAGAUAUUGAAAAUGACGGAAAUUCCACCAAUGAAAGAAGUCCUCAUAAACCAGCAUCUGACCAGCUUCAGCCCAGUAACUCUAAUGGUUUGGUCAAAAAUCGUAUAUGUGAAGCUAUCUAUCUUCGAAUUUUACGGGCUUAUAAUGAAGGAAAAAUAUUUCGAGUUUUUAUAAUGCUCCCUUCACUUACAGCAUUCAAAGGUGAAGUUGGUACGUCAUCUGGCAAUUAUAUACAUGCAAUUUUACACUACACACGACAAAGCUUGUUUACAGGUGAAUAUGCUUUAAUUCCCCGGUUGAAAAAUGUUUUACCAAAUCCUGAAGACUAUGUUUCAAUAUGCAGCUUAAGAACUUAUGAUGAAUGGCCUGAUGGUUCUAUAAGAACAGAAUUAGUUUACAUUCAUAGCAAAGUGAUGAUUGUUGAUGACAAGAAGAUGAUUUUGGGAUCAGCUAAUAUAAAUGAUCGAAGCAUGUUAGGUUUUCGUGAUAGUGAAUUGGCUAUCACCAUAGAAAGUAAUUCAGAAAAUGAUUUAAUUGAUGGAAAGUUUGCGAAUUCAAGCGUGAAAGUACAUCCGUUUAUACAAAGAUUUCGCAGAAGUUUGAUGGCCGAAUUCCUCGGAAUGUUGCCAAAGAUUUCAAAAUAUUCUAGAAUGUAUAUGCAUCUUGACGUACUAAAUGACCCAGUGUCAGAUGAAUUUUUCCAUGACGUUUGGAAUGCAACCGCUGUUAAGAAUGGAGAGAUUUUCGAGAAAGUUUUUAACUGCAUCCCUGGCUCAGGUUUAUUAACCUUUCAAGAUUGCGCUCAAAGGAGAAGACAAGUUCCUUUAAUAAUCAGUGAUCGUGAGAAAGCAGUUGAGUUGCUUAAAGACGUAAGAGGCUUCUUAGUUCCAUUUUACUCUGAUUUCCUUGCAAACGAAUCACUUUUAUUUCCAGUAGGAAGUAUUGAACGAAUGAUUCCAGAAGUGAUUUGGACAUAA